UCUAUGUCAAUCAAUGACACUUCGCGCUUUAGCGAGGCGCGGGAAUUGCCCACCCACAAUGGUUCUAUAGUAGAUCUUUGAGCUAUUCCCACGUGCAGGAGUUUCUCUUUACUGUGUAGUGUAGUUAGCAGUAGUGUACGUUAGACAACAUGAAGAUGGACCCUACAAAUCCACAAUCCCCAUCCAACGGGUCGCUAGACGGAGAUGUCCCUAACGAUCCAGGAAAAAUGUUUAUUGGGGGACUAAGUUGGCAAACUACAGUGGAAUCAUUAAAAGACCAUUUUGGUCGCUUUGGUGAAAUUAAAGAAGCAAUGGUCAUGAAAGACCCAACGACUAAACGAUCUCGGGGAUUUGGGUUUGUCACAUAUAAAGACGUGGCUAGUGUAGAUACCUGCUUAGAGAAUGGCCCUCACAUUCUGGACAAUAAAACGGUCGAUCCAAAAGUUGCAUUUCCAAGAAAAGCUCAACCAAAGAUGGUAACCAGGACAAAGAAGAUAUUUGUGGGUGGAUUGUCAGCUGCCACAACAGUGGAAGAUGUCAAAAAUUACUUCUCCCAGUAUGGAAAGAUUGAAGAUGCCAUGCUUAUGUUUGACAAGACAACAAAUCGUCACAGAGGUUUUGGAUUUGUGACAUUUGAGGUUGAAGAUGUUGUUGAUAAAGUGUGUGAAAUUCAUUUCCAUGAGAUCAACAAGAAAAUGGUUGAGUGUAAGAAAGCACAACCAAAGGAAGUCAUGCUACCCACCACCCUAGCAAGGGGGCGGGGCACAUUGACCAGAGGGGCGUACGUGACGGAGGAUGGUGAAAUCGUCUUGGGUGAAAUUCCACAAGAAUUAAUUAUGCCGGAUCUGUGUUAUCUUCCUACGGGACUGCCGAGCUACCCCUAUGGUCGCGGAUUUCCGACACUGGCCCCAGCAGGCUAUUACUAUCCAGGCUUGAAUGGAGUCAAUACACCAUCUGUAGUUGCACGUUCAGCUUCAGCUGUUGCAGCUCGCAGUGCUGGGGUUGGUGGGGCACAACAUGGUGUUUUGGGCAUAACAGCAAGUCCAAGCUUCCCUGGUUACCCCGCUGGUUUAAUACAAACCCCCACUGCUACCCCCGGUGAGCGACAGGUCUCUCCUGCCAUAUAUGCAGAUAUUGGUGCUACUACUAGCCCCUUGGCUGCCAACGCCCUACAAAUACAGCGCAGUGAGCCCUCCCCACUGCCCGUCAGUAACUCGCCCUUGGCCAGGGUGGGAGAGCAACUUCUUACAGCACAAAGAACAGCUAUGAUGAGUAGCCUUGGACACCAGGGAUUUCCCACCGCUACCUCUCCCAGCACUCGCUCUGUGCCCUUGACAACCAGCCCAGGGCCCGUGGAUACCUUUAUUGCCCAGGACGGGCUUGGAUAUAUCCAGGCCACUAGCCCCCAGCCCACAGGCUUUGCUCUCAACACUGCAUAUGGUAUACACGACGGACUAGGAUAUGUUGAUGCCACUAGUUCAAAUAGAUACAUUCACGAUGUGUUAAGUAAGGCACAACUGAUACCGCAAGGUUUCCAGAAUGGUUAUCACUAAGUAUCAGAUAGUGGAAAAUAUGCAAAGUCAUCUGCACACAUUGGACGCAUACUGGACGCAGCAAAUGUUAUCUCAUUGCUGAUUGGUUGAUUUCUAUAAUUUUGUUGGGAAGUUGCAUGAAAGGAUUUCUGAAUCUGUACUAUUAAGAACUUAAAGGAAUGGCACAUUUAGAUGUGAUCUAUCUUUUUUCUUUUUAAUUUUGAUCAAUUUUACUGGCUUUUAUCAACUCUAUGUUAUUAUGUAUAUAUACUAAUGUAAAAAUGUUUUAUUUUUUUGUUUUAUUAUGACUUUUUUCAUUUUAAUUUUUCAUUUAUCUCAUGUGUGAAUCAAGUGAAGCUCAGUGAAAAUUGUGAAAUAUUUGAAGCAUUUAUUCAACAGUAGUAUUUAUUGCUAGAAUUAAAUGUUUAUGUAUGGAUUAAUUUCAUCUCAUAUAAAGGUCAUAUUUGACCAUUUGGAAAUACAGGACAUUUAAUGAGCCACAUCUGGUCUCAUCUAAAUUAAAAAAAUUAGGAGAAACUGUUAUUGGGUUUUGAAUUGCCAUCAUGUUUACAUUCAGGUUUGGUAACUUCUAUAGCAAUAAUUAUUAAAACACUGUUCAAAUACUUUUUUAUAAAAAAGAAUAUUUAACGUAUUUUAUAUUCAUGUUUUUUCAAGAAGUUGUGACUGCAAAAUGUCUGGCCAAAGAUAUGAUUGGUUAAAUGGUGGGAGAUAGGUUCCACCCAUGUGAUAUUAGUGUUAAUUAUCCAAAGCAAAUAACCCUCAGCAAUAAGGACUUAGUGAAUUCUUUGUGAUUAUAUUGUUAUAUACCACAGUGUGUGAUAUUGCAGCAGAUCUGAUCGUAGACUUAGGCACAGUUGUAGAAUGGAUAUCGUUUAUUUAUUUGCUCUUUAUCCCUCUUUUAUUUUACACUAAAACCUGUCCCACUUUGUUCUUGUGAAAAAUUCAAAGGUUGUGUUCAGUUUACAUGCACAAAGUUUUUUUUUUUUUUUACGGUAAAUAUGUGUUUAUAUUUCCAUGAAGACUUCUCUAGUCACUUUGUUCAGACUAGACCAGAAUUUUGUGUUUUACACUGCAAAAAAUAAAUUUUUAACCUCUCUGUGUAAAAAAAAAAACCAAUGUAAAAAGCUUAUGAAGCCUGUUUAAUAGGCUGUUCUUGUCAAUGUCUAUGUGAUCUUUCUAACUGUUGUGUUGUUACUGAUUACCAAUAUUUUGGAGGACAUAAUUGAAAAUGUCACCUGAUUUCUGGGUGUGUUUUAGUGUAGAUCGCUUUUUUUUUUCUUUCGAGUCAGGUGUUCACUUGUAGUGGGUUGUCACAAUUCUGAUUUAUAUACUGUAGAUACGUAGUUUUUAUGAGAGAGCAUAUGUGCUAAAGUUUUACGCAAGUUUUUAUUAUAUUAAAUCAUUGUUGGAUUUUUUUUUAUUUGAAUACUAAAGGUUGUUAUACGGGGACUAAAACAUUUUUAUUAUUGAUUGUUGUAAGACCCUGGGGAGCAAAAGGGGGUCCACAGAGUAGAAUCGUCACUGGUGCUGCAGGAUUGAUUUAUCAAAGUUAGAAACGGAACAAAAAUAAAACAAAAUUGUUUCCAAGUAUACCUACACCUAAAUUACACAAAAAUAUUAUAUUUUUAAAAAUUUUAAAACAAAUAAGAAUGUUUGAUGAUGAAACUUUAUGGACUUUGAAUAUAUCAACACCUCAUCCAUGUCAGUGACUAUUCUACCAGGAAUUAACUUGUUUGUACAGUUAAUGUGACAUAUACAUUGUAUUGUUGAUCAACUUAAUUUACCAAAAAACCUCAUUCGAAAAUUUUAUCAUUUUAUAUACAUGUAUAUAUUAAUAUCUUAAGCCUGCUUUCUUUACCCAGCAGUUUUAUUAGAUUUUUUUUUUCUUUUUAUUGAGGCAUUUUAAGGUUUUGUGAAAAAAAUUGCAAACUUUGACCACAUCAUUUCUGAAACUUUGGGCAUUUAUAUAUGUAUCAAACUGUUUUAUUAUUUAUAAAUUUUUUCUGGGUAAAGAAAGUUGUGUUGUUUUCUCUUUUACAUUCAUUAUAAACAUUAUACUUGUGGUAGAGUAGUGGAUUUAUAUUAGUAGAGUAGUUCUCAUCACCAUUGCUUUUUGGGCAGGGUAUCAUCUGUGUAUAUUAUGUAAGUUAUAAAAUGUAUGACUAACAUUUAUCUAUAUAUAAUCAUUAUAUUGACACUUUAUAAUGGACAAAGAUAAUAUCUUCACAUUUGAAAGCAUUAUCUUUUAGACAGUUAUGUAAAAAGAUUGAAAAUGAAGCUUAAAGGCCUGUAUGGUUGGUCGGCUUUUUCAGGUGUUGGCGGGGCUAAAAAUAGAGCUGGGCAGAUGCGAAGCCUCAUUUUCAAUUUUUAUCCCUGUGAUAAUGAUCUUGUACAUAACCUUCAUUUUUGUCUGAUUAUUUGUUGCCAUGGAGAUGAUGAUUCAAAUUCAAAAUCUUGAAAAGUUAAUUUUAUCACAUAGAGAAAUUGUUCUCUAGAAUUGAAAAUUGUCAUGGUAACAGGACAGACAUUUAUGAUUCAAAAUAAUUAUAUUAACCAAGAUUAAUUAUGCCUUAGUGCUAAUUGUAAGAAAACUUGUAUACCAACUUUUAUCAGGGUCCAAAAAUGUCUCAAAUUUCACAAAUCAUCAUUUGUGAGUUUUCAGUGUAGAGAGUCAAACAAAGUUAUGUAUAAAUGAUGUUAAUGUUUUUCCUCACCUGAAUAUACUAUUGAAGUUUUAACUUAAAUUACAACUGUACAUAUGGUCAUAUUUAAUUUUCAUUAUCAGUAGAUUGAAAAUAGAAGCUCAUUGCUAAGGAACACCACAAGUGGCCUGAGGGAAACUCUGUCACUUUUGGCAUUCAGUCUGAAAGUAGAAUUUGAUGUAAGCCAUUGACAAAGAUUGAAAAAGGUGACCUGUUCUUUUGUAAAUUGAGUCAAAUUGGAAAGAAAACUUGUGUCUGUUACUUAGCAUGGAGCAUUAGAGACUGAAAUCAUUCGUCGGCAGGUUCAAUCAACGUGGCGUUUAAAAACUGUCAAAAAUAAACAAGAAAACAACAGCAUGGAUGAAUGGUUUAGACAAAAAACAUUCCCUAGAAUUGGAAACAGGUCACAUGACAACUACUUUAGGUCAUCUCUGCUCUUGAUGUAAUGGAGAAAAAGAAAGACUGUGUUGAUACUGAUUUUUUUCAAAUCAACUUUUUAUUUCCAAGUCCUGGUCUGUUUACCCACUCUUUGGUAGUCACAAAUGUGUGUUUUCUUACUUAAGACUCUAUACUUAAUUUUGCCAGGAUGAAAGUAAUAUUGUUGUUUGAAGAAAAUUGUUACCAAUUUGGACUUUCAACCUAAAAUCUCAGGGAACAUCUGCUAAAACAGUAAUACGUAUAGAUUCAUGUGUAAAAAUUAUUUACUGGUAGAAUUAGUAGCCUAGGAUCACAAGUUUCCAAGUUGCAGCUACUCCCGUGCCAUGGAUCACUUAUAUACAGCACUGUCUCAAUGCACACAAGGCAUUUAAGGCCCCUUUUUAACUUGUGGUUCAUGUCUUUGUUGCUGUUGUUGUUUGGGAGGGGGGACAUCUCAAAACUAGUGAAGAGAAUUCCCGCCUUCUUGACCUGCCUUGAGGUGCUAAGUCUAGUGCAAUAGUUGGUGUUUAAAGUAAAUAUAUUGGCAUCAUUUCCACUCAACACGGGAAUGCAUGUCAAUGCUUUAUGUAACAAGUUCUUAUAUGUGGGGAAUAUAUAUGUGUGACCUUUAUCGGUAUUUAGCGUAGACUUAAUAUAGACUAGGACAAAUCCUAUAAUACAUAUACAUUAUUUAUGGUGUGUUUUAAUAUAUUUUAUAAAAUCUGAAACCAUUCUUCAGGGGCAGAGGUGACCAAAAAAAAUCGCUUCUUAAAGUGAAUUAUGAUUGCUUGUUAUGUGACCUGCAUCCAGUUUUGCAUAGAGUAGACUAACUUAGAUUAGUUUAUUUAUUUGACUGAAGUGGCGACUUUACAAAGGGUAUAUUCAAACCAUUAUGGCAAAGUAAUGAAAAGCAAAUAUGUGCCAAAGAAUAGUUCUAUAUGGGAAGUCCAUACUUUCUUAAAAUAAGAGGUUUUGUGAUGUCAGUCUGUGAAUUCAAGGUUUUGUUUGAAACAUGCAAGUCAAGUUAAUAUUCAGAUUUUUCUAAGAAUAAGAAUGUUCUUGACCAAUGACGUCACUCUGUAAUACUGUUUGACCUGUGACGUCAUUCUGUAAAACUGUUCCUGUGGACACUGUAAAAUUCAACCUUGGGGAAAUCCUUCAUUUUCUUUGUUAGCACACAUUACCUUCACCAAAUAAUAAACGAUUAUCUCUGAUUUCACCCAAGGUUAACAUGUUGACCUUUGUAUAGUGUAUUUGUGAAAAAGUCAACUGAAAUAAAACGGUAUAUUCAGAA